UUAAAGAGAGAUUAAAACAUUGCCGAAGAAGGGAAAAUAUAAAUAUUAUAAAAGAGAUAUAACAUUUGAAAGUACAGAGUGGUAAGUAAAAUAAUAAUUGUUCAUAGUACAGAGUGGUAAGUAAAAUAAUAAAUGUUCAUAGUGAAACUACAAAUUCUAAAAGACUUCUUUGUAAACAACAUUAGUAGUAUGAUCGACCUCUUGAUCAUCCUCAUCAAGAUCAAUAUUUUUAACCCUUUGUGAUUGGUAACUCUUGUGCCUGCAACGUAAAGUAGACCGUGUAUGAAGACUGAUUUUUAGUAAAAGUCCAACAUGUGACAGAGAUUGAUCUUGAUUCUUGUUUAUAGUCAUUGCAUAAGAGUUCAUUAUUGGGAACUAUCUUCUUUGAAACUUGAAUGAUAUUCUUGCACGGGACAUAAAUAAUGUAAUUGUUAUAUCUCUUUAUUUGUUAAUAUUAUCAAAUUAUUAAUUCAUGUAUAAAUGUAUCCAAAUAGUAAUGACGUAAUCAUCACCAUCAUCAUUAUCAUUAUUUCAUUGCUGCAAAGGCUCUCACCUACGGUGGAAUAAGGGGUGUUGGAUGCACGCAGCCUUAUCCUUGUACUAAAACACAUAGCGAUUGUUUCCGGAUGACUAUGGUGAAAUCUUGUCGAAAAUUGCAAUGAUGUAAUAUACAUAAUAAAUUAUAAUUAAGAAAAUAAUAGUUAGGACUCAUGCAUGGGUAGUAUAUAUGUUUUCUGACAUUAUAUAAAACAAUAAUCAUAUACUACGUAAUAAACAAUAAUAAUGAGAAUUGAUUUGGUCAAGUGCGCCUGAGCAAAUGUCCCAUACUUCACAAAAUUUUGGGUAGAUAAUCCACACUUCAUCAAGAAAAUGUUCACAAAAUUUCAUUAAAAACGAUCGGGAAACACUUGACACGUGCUUGGCCGGGCAGGACUCCUCGUUUGUUCGGACUGAUGAGAUAAGUUCUUUAAUAAUAAUAUCUUAAUAAUAAUUUUGAUAAUAAUAAUAAAAUAAAAAUUUUAAAUUAUUUAUGUUAUCAGCUUAACUAUUAACUAACUCAAUAAAAAUUACUUGUAUAAUUAUAAUACUCCCUCCGUUCUUUAUUAUCUGUCCCGCUAGCUGUGGGCACGGGUUUUAAUAGAAAAAUAGUAGGGUAAAUGUAGAGUGAUGGAUAGUCUACCCGAGGGUAUAUAUCCGAAGGGUUAUUACGGGGAAUAACUUAGAGAGAAGUCGGAGCAAGUAAGUAAAAGUAGAGAGAGAGUGUAUUCAGUAUGAAUGCCGUUUUCAGCGUGGUUACAAAUGAGGAAAUGGGGUGCUAUUUAUAGUAGCAAUAAAUGCCGGGCAGGGACACGUGUCAAACGCUCAUUGGCUGAGGGGUCACCUCAACUGGUUGGCGCUGGCAGCCGCAUGUGGCCGCAUUUAAUGCGGCUGUUGGAUGGGACAUCUGUGCGGGGUACGGUGAUCUGUACGCAUGUGAGGCGGAUAUCUUGUCGAGUGAGAUGCCUUCGGCUAUAGAGCAGUAACCGAAGGCUCCUCCAACCGAGGGCACCUUGGUACCGAGGGCUCACAGUACCGAGGGCUACUGUUUUCGCCGUUUUCUCCCAGUUUCUUAGUUUGCUUGAGAAACCCGUUCUGUGAGAGUUUAGACCCUUCGGCCAGGGGGCCGAAGGCACCCCUGGCGCGUAGUGCGGGCUGCUUGGUACUCUGGGCGCUGUGAUUUGGGCCUGUUGGGCCUUUUGGGCCUGUUGGGCCUUCGCUGGAGUAGUAGGAGUCUGUGGGCCGGGGGUUCCCGGGCCAUAUACUCCAUCAGGAGUCCCUCACUCCUUUUGCCGAAAGGUACUUGAGGGAAAAGGAGUAAUUUGUGCUUGCCUUUUGAUGUUGUCCCGUCGUGAUCUCUGAAGUUGGUGAGGAGUUGUUGCUUUUAUGUCCCUGCCGAAGGCAGUCCCUCAGUUACCCACAUGUCGGGACUUGAGGGCUUGCUUUGUUGUUUGUUGGAAUUUCACAGAUUUUGUAAUUUAAUGAUUUUCCCGAGGGGGUCCUCCAGUCCCCCACUCCUUGAGGCACUUGUAAAGUGGUGAAAAGGAGUAGAGUAGUUGCGUUGCUGUUGUGGGCCGAAGGCUGUUGUUUUUUCGUUUCAUUUUGGGGGGAUGCCUCGUUAAAAACCUCAUUAGGAAAAACCCUUUGGGAAAAAAUCCUAAUGAGGGAAAAAGAGUGCACCGAAUUCCCCCAAUGAUGAAUCGAAAAUGUCAAACCUUGGUACAAAGUGGAGAGUGACGGGAAUGCCGAAGGCUCUCUCUUCUGAGGGCUCCUGUAUUGAUUAGCCGAAGGCUUGCUGUUGACGUCCUGGUGGCGCCGAAGGGGAGUCCCUCAAUCCUUGGAUCGAGGGCCUGCUGGAUGAGGGCAGCAGUGGAGUUGUUACCGGGGGGUCCACUGUUUGUCGAUUAGUUGGUGAUGAAGGUACCCGAGGGCUCCCAUUACCUGUGUGCCAUGGGCCAUCCGUCAAUGAGGCAACUCCCCGGGGGCUACCCGGUUUAUAUUGUUGAGGGGGAAUCCCCGAGGGGUGCCCUGAUAUGAAGCCUUGGGUUUCUGAAAGAGUGAUCCCGAUGGCGCCUGUUAUGUGCUGUGUGGGGCACAACCCGGGGGCACUUCUGAGUGAGUAUACCCGGAGGCUAUCCUUGAUGAAAUGGAGUGAAGUAGAAAACCCGGGGCCUUCCAGAAUAUAGCCGUUGGAAAUAUAGCCGUUGGAAUAUGUAACGACGGGAUAUAGCCGUUGGGGGGGUGGCACACGUGGCGUGUGAUGGCUGGCUGUUCGCGGGCGGCGUCACCGGUUGGGUGAAACGACGGUGUGUAAUGAUGACGGUCCAUCCGGAGGCCCGGUUUCCGGGCCCAAGCCCGGAUUCCAGCGCCUAUAAAUACCCCAAGGCCAGAACCAUUCCCGUUGUGCGAACUCAGUUGUCUUAGCGAAGCUCUGCCAAAAAAUCUAGUGAGAGAAACUCCAGCCUUCGGUCAAAACUCUGCUUUCAAGGUCAGUGCCCGUUUUCCUAUCCAAACUUUUAGUAAGUCCCGCCCUCUGGCCUUAGAUUAGGGUUAGUCUUGUAGAAACCUUAGACACACCUCGUGGUAAAAAUGUCGUCCGAGAGCGAUUCCCAGGAUAUCUCGAGGACGCCCUCGAUGGAGGACGAAGGCAUCUCCGACGUGGAGUCCAGCAGUGGUCAGCCCUCGGAUGGUGGUGAUGCAGCCCUCGCCACUGAGGUGCAGAAGGAUCUGACGGCCGAGGCCGAGGCGGAGGAAUUCGAGCGAACUGCCGAGGAUGAAGAGUUGGCCCUCGCCGUCCAAGUUGCUGAAGAGGAGGAGGAAAAGGAGAGGGCGAAGGUCAUUGUGGCCGUCCUUCCCCCUCGGGGUGCUGGUGAGGCCAGUACUUCCCAGCCGCUGAAUGCAGUUCCCAUCCGGGUGGCCCCCGGGAAGAAGAAGGCCAAGGCAGCUGUCCCCAAGAAGAAGGUUAUUGCUGCUGAUCAGGGGAAACCCGUAGAUAUGCCGGAGGGGUAUUCCUGGCUCAACACGGCUGCGUUGGAGAUAAAGUCGAAGGCGGACAGGGCGGACCUCUACGUGACGCAGCUACAUGUAGGGCCCUCGGUCGAGGUGGUCGAACCGGGAGUUGACGACGUGCUCUCUCGGGCGCCUGAGGGGUGCAUUGCAGUACACGUACUGUCGGUCUCCAUGGGCCUUCGGUUCCCUCUGCACCCCUUCCUCCGGGAGUACCUGAGGUUUGUUGGCUUGGUACCCUGCCAGCUGACACCUAAUAGCCACUCCUACGUGGCGGGGUUUUUAAACCUCUGUAGGGACCGAGGGGUGACCCCCAGCCUGGACUUGUUCUUCCAGAGCUUCAACCUCUGUCGAGGGGGUCACGCGAAUGUCGAGGGCUUCGCCAACUUGCAGCAGGUGGCCAGGUGGAAGCUGUUCACGGAGGCGCCUUCGUCCAAUAAGGGCUGGAAGGAGCGCUGGUGCUAUGUCAGGGUUGUUGAGAACCCAUUUCCGGCGGAACUUCGGGAUCGCUUCCGUCGGCAUCCGAAGGUUGGAAGCGCCGCCCUCGAAAAAGACGGCCUGGUGAUAGCAAAAAUCCCGGAGGGUCGCACAAAGCAGGUCUCCAUCAAAGACUAUACUGCCGAUAAGGGAUUAUACGCCCUCGGCUUUCGGAGAUACCGAUUCAUUGGGGAAGUGGACGAGAAGUACCCUAUUUUUGCUGAGGCCUUCGGGGGAACAGGAGGUAGUCUACGAGGUCCCUCGGUUUUCAUAUCUUAUCACAUAGCUUAUCUUGUUCGUGUUUUUUUUAUUCUUUGUGCCUUCGGUCAGCGACCCCUCGAUUUUAACCCCCUACCCUUUUUUUUGCAGGUGUCCCAGUGAAAAUGAUGAACGUCAGAGGCCUUGCAGACCUUAAGAAGAAAAAACCCUCCAAGGACCCGAGGGGGACGGACGCCAGCGUCCCAAAACCCGCCGGUGACUUCUUCAAAAAACCGGAGGGGCCGUCGGUGGGCCCAAGUACUGAUGCUGCUGCUGCCGCCAAAAGGAAGGGCUCGGGCAGAGAUCCCGAGGGCAAGAAGCCCAAGACCGGGGAUGCCGGGAGAAAAGUCCCCCCGGUGAUCAUUGUCGAUGAAGGCCCUGCCUCCGGGGCGAAUGAGGACAUGCAGGUGGCGAAAGUGCCGCCGGGAGUUCAGGGGCCAUCUUCCGAGGUCCUCAUGGUUUCCCUCCCGGCUGGUACGGCCGUGAUGAACGGUACGGCCGACCCGAGGGCGCUUCUGAGAGGCAUCACCCUCGAGAUUGACAGAGUGGCCCUCGGGGCUGAUGAAGACGAAGCCCUCGAGGACAGGAUCCUCCAGUCUUCCCUCACAGUAAGUCUUUUAUGUUUAUUUCUUUCUUUUUUACUUCGAGCUAAGAAACCAUGUUUGGCCUCGCUAACCCCUUUGUUUUUGUAGACCUGCAUUGCCCUCGGGGAGCAAGCCCGACGGCUAGAGGAGUGGCGCCUUCGCAAGGCCGAGCAGGAGGCCAAGAUGCGGGAGCUCAUCCGCCAGAAUGCAGACGCUGUUCGGCAGAUGGCUAUGCUGGAGGAGAGCCUUCGGCAGAUGACCCUGCGGGCGGAGGCCGCAGAUCGGGGUAGGGCAGAAGCCGAGAGGUCCGCAGCUGAGGCUUUGGAGAAAGCUGUCAAGGAAGCCGAGGCCGCGAAGGUGGAAGCCGUCGAGAGAGCCCGAGGGGACGCAAUCUCGGGGUUCUUGGCAGGGGGGUGGCGGUCCGAGGAGCACAAGCAAUGGCUGUCCUCAGUCGUCGAGUCCUCGGUCGACGAGUGGUGUGAUGGGCCUGGCGUGGAGUGGGUUUCCCGAAAGGGUAAACAAUACUAUGAUGGGGGCGAGUUUUUUACUCAAGCCCUCAUCUACCGGAGGAUGGCUCGCCACUUAAAGAUCGAGCCAAAAGACUUUGACCCGGCAGCAUACGGGCUCCCCCCUGCAGCCAGACAUCCGCGUUCCUCUUCCCCCCGAUGUCGAGAGGCCAGACCUGGAGGACUCUGAGCUUAUGAAGGAAGCCGAGGGCGACGAACCUGAGGCCGACGCAGAAGUCACCUCGAAGCCAUCGGGGGAGGCGGCCCCCGGGAAUGACAUGAUUUGAUAUGUAUUUUGUAUCAUGUAAACAUGUAUUUGUAAUGAUGACAUUAUUCAUCCUUCGGCUUCGGCCUGCUUGUAACAUUUGUUCGUAUUACAUUUGCCCACUGUUUGUUGAUGAUUGAAUGAUUGCCUUCGGGCUGUGUUUAUAUGAUUUGUUUUCUCCAAUUCCUUUCUUCUUGAAUGCAUGCCUUCGUUUUUGUUUUGGAUGUAUGUCUUUGCUCCUUUGAAUGUAUGUUUUAGGACUUAGAAUUUUUUCUGAUUGUAGCUUGCCACUGGAAGCCUUCGGUAGUUGGGCACCCUCUGCUGGAUAUGCAACCGAGGGUUCUGUAGGAAUUAGGACUUAGAAAAUUUUUCUGAGUGUAGCACACCAUAGGGCCUUCGGGUGUUUGGAGUAACCCAAAUCCUAGGACUUAGAAAAAAUUCUAAAUGUAGAUUUCCCCUUGAGAUCCUUCGGGAUAUGGCAUCCCUUCCUGAUGUGUGAAUGUUGGACCGAGGGCCCAAUGCACAGGACUUAGAGAUUUUUUGCAAGUGUAGUAUGUCAUGUAGCCUUCGGCUACUGUGGAGCCCCAACUGAAAUAUUGAAUAGGCCGGGGGCCAAUUCUUUAGGACUUAGAAAAUUUUCUUCAGUGUUGAUUCCUUGUGUACUGUAGCCUUCGAUUGAUAGGCAGCCUUCGGCAAUUAGGUCCCUUGAGAUGAGGGUGAAAUAUGUAGGACUUAGAAAAUCUUCUAAAUGUAGAGUUUCCCUUGGGAGCCUUCGAGAGAUGGCAUCCCUUCAUGAUGUAUGAGUAGUUGACCGGGGGGGAAAUAUGCGGGACUUAGAAAAUAUUCUAAGUGCAAAUUCUCCCUUGGGAGCCUUCGGGAGAUGGCAUUCCUCCUUGAUGUAUGAGUAGUUGACCGGGGGGGGGAAAUAUGCAGGACUUAGAAAAUAUUCUAAGUGCAAAUUCUCCCUUGGGAGCCUUCGGGAGAUGGCAUUCCUCCUUGAUGUAUGAGUAGUUGACCGGGGGGGAAUAUGUGGGACUUAGAAAAUCUUCUAAAUGUAGAGUUUCCCUUGGGAGCCUUCGGGUGAUAGGUGCCCUCUGACUCCACAUCACUUUGCCAGAUGCCCGGGGGCUGCUCAUUUAGGACAGGAUAUAUUUUUUCAAGUGUUGUUGUAUUGCAUGACCUUCGGCUACCAUAUUCCCUUGGCUGUAAUGCUGAUUGGGCCGGGGGCCCAAUCUUUAGGACUUAGAAUUUUUUCAAGUGCUGUUUCCUUGUGUAGCCUUCGGGUGAUAGGUGCCCUCUGACUCUACAUUACUUUGCGUAAGUUGAUGUUGAAUCCUGUUGUUGUGAAGAAAGCCAAUGAGGAGUGUGUGCCCUCGGCAUACACUCUGAGGAGUUGUAGAGUUUGACUCAGCCAGUUGUGUCCCUUGUAAUGGGGUAGGGGCCUUCGGUACAUAUUUGAAGGUACUGUCUUAGUGUACUUUGGAUAGUCCAGUCCCUUUGUAUUGUUGAAGCCUUCGGUGUUUGUGUGACCGGAGGUGACCAGGCAGUGGACUUAGCCGUUUCUUGCUGCUAUCUGUUCGAGUAGUGUCCUUCGGGAAAUAGGAGCCUUCAGUUACCGGAGGUGUUCCCGUGGGGAGCCCUCGGCUUGUUGUGAUCUGUUGGAGUGUACUCUUUGAUUUCUCGCUGAGUCUACUCCCCUUCACCCCCUCUUUUUUUUUUUUUUUUUUUGGUGGUGAAGGGAAGGCAUCAAGAAACUUGGUUUCUUGGUAAGGCUGGGCCUAUUAGGAGACUAUCAGAAUACACCAAUGGCUCUCCUCCCUCGGGUUAACCUUCCGAGUUCCGAGGGGAUCGAGGGACGUUUCCUGGGCACAAGAUAUGGUGGUCCGUAACCUGCCUCCCCUUGGGGGAUGGCGCGGAAAGCGCCUCAUUUUUGAAAGUCGUCCCCUCGGCGCUAGACAUAGUCCGUGGCCUGCCACACCCUUGGGGUGGUGGCGCGGGGAGCGUUUCGGUUUGGAAGUCGAAUCCUGGGCAUUUCUCAUGCCUGUCAUACCCUGGGGGUAGUGACGCGGAUAGCGUUCCAUUUUUGAAAGUCGAAUCCUGGGCAUUUCUCAUGCCUGUCAUACCCUGGGGGUAGUGACGCGGAAAGCGUUUCAAGGAAGGGUUUUCAUUUGCACACUAGUUGCAAAUGGCCGGGGGCACUACGUGCCGCCGGCACCGAUGGUGGCGCCUUCGGUAUAUGCGUCCUCGUGGGGUACGGCUUUUAGAAACAACACUUGAUGUUAGUUUCGAUGUGUAGCCCCCGGUACUUGGUACCGAGGGGUCUUCUGUAGGAACACUUGGUGUUCUCUUUUGUUGUAGUUGAUGUAGGCGUCUACCCUCGGUACUUGGUACCGAAGGGUCUUCAAAUGAAACACUUGGUGUUUCCCAACAGAUGUUUGGAAGCUGAUAGGAGAGCAUAUCCCUGGCACUGGGUACCGAGGGGUCUUCUUUGAUGAUGUAUGUGAUGGAGGUGUAUCCUCGGCACUGGGUGCCGAAGGGUCCUCUGUAGGAACACUUGGUGUUCCCUUUUGCUGUAGUUGAUGGAGGUGUCUACCCUUGGUACUUGGUACCGAAGGGUCUUCAAAUGAAACACUUGGUGUUUCCCAACAGAUGUUUGGAAGUUGAUAGGAGAGCAUAUCCUUGGCACUGGGUACCGAGGGGUCUUCUUUGAUGAUGUUUGAUGAUGGGGGUGUACCCUCGGCACUGGAUGUCGAAGGGUCUUCUGUAGGAACACUUGGUGUUCUCAUCUUUUCUUUUUUGAUGUUGAAGGUGGGGAUGUACCCUCGGCACUGGGUGCCGAAGGGAAAAUGAAUUACAUGGCGUUCUUUGUUGUUGGUGAUAGGAGUUCCCUCCCUCGGCACUUGGUACCGAGGGGUUUUGAGUGAAAACAUGUGGUGUUUUCACUGUUGUUGUAGGUGUUGAUGGUGUCAGCCCUCGGCACUUGGUGCCGGAGGGGGUCUUCUCGUGGUGAGGCCUGGGGCCUGUAGUCACUGUUGUUGUAGGUGUUGAUGGUGUCUGCCCUCGGCACUUGGUGCCGGAGGGGGUUCUUCUCGUGGUGAGGCCUGGGGCCUGUAGUCAGUAUGAGGGCUUGAUGUCUUGAAUGUAUCUUCAUUCUUCGAAUUGGAGGCCUUGGGCCAUAGGAUAGUACAUUCACUAGUUAUGAGGGCUUGGCGGCUCUUACAUUAUUGAUAAAAUUUAACUAAAUGGUGUACAUUCCAGUGCCUAGGGACUUCUUUCCCAUUGGGGCGUUUGAACUUGUAGGUCCCGGGUUUGAUGAUGGCUGCUAUGAUGUAGGGGCCUUCGAAUUUUGGUGCCAUUUUUCCUCCCUCGGUUGGUUGGUUGGCUUCCCUCCUCCGGAGGACAUAGUCCCCCACUUGAAAUUCUCGGGUGCGAACUUUGGCGUCGAUGUAGCUUUUAACUUGCCUUCGGUAGUUUUCUGCCCGGAUGAAGGCCUGCUCCCGGCGUUCUGAAAUGAGGUGGAGGUCGAGGGCCAUGUUGCUGUCGUUGACCUCGGGGUCAUAUUGGAUCACCCUUCGGGUGGGAAGGGUGACUUCCGUAGGAGCUUUGGCUUCAAAACCGUAGCAGAGGGAGAAAGGUGUUUCACCUGUUGCUCGCCGAGGGGUGGUGCGAUAGGCCCAAAGGAUGUUGUGGAGUUCUUCCACCCAGCCACCACCCUCGGCCUCCAGCUUCUUUUUGAGACCCUCGAGCAAGGUCCGGUUGGCAUUCUCUACUUGCCCGUUGCCUUGAGGGUAGGCAACGGAGGAGAAGGUGUGUUUGAUGCCCCAUGCCUCCAGAAGGGCACAGAAGGGGGCUGCCUCAAAUUGUGUCCCAUUGUCGGAGAUGAUCUGCUGGGGGACGCCAAACCUUGUGAGGAUGUUCUUGAGGACGAAGUGACGGCACUUCGCCUCUGCGAUGCUGGCGAGGGGUUCAGCCUCCACCCACUUGGUAAAGUAGUCGACGGCCACAAUGAUGUACCUGUUGUUGGAGGUACCCCUCGGCAGAGGGCCCACAAGGUCUAUCCCCCAUCGAGAAAAGGGGACAGAGGUGCUGAUGGGGGCAUAGUUGACCGCUGGCCUGCCGGGAGCUUUCUGGAAAUGUUGACAUGCGGUGCACCUCCGGGCAAGGUCAGCACAAUCCCUGGCCAUGGUUGGCCAGAAGUAGCCCUGGAGAAUGAGCCUUCGGGACAUGGAGAAGGGUCCUUGGUGAGCUGAGCAAGUGCCACUGUGUACUUCCUCCAUUGCGACCUCGGCUUCAUCUGGAUGAAGGCACCGAAGUAGCGUGCCAUUGUAAGAUCGUUUGUAGAGCCUUCCAUCUUCGAUGGUGUAGCUGGGAGCCCUCAGCUUUGCCAGUUUAGCGCGGGCCUCAUUCUCGGGUAGUUGCCCUGUGGAGAUGAAGGCGGUGAUAUCUGAGAUCCAAUCCUCCUGACGUUGUUGUAUGUUCAUAACGGGGCUUGCAUGGAUGCUUGAGAGGCUGAGUUCCUCGAUUUUGGCAAUUUUGGAGAUGUGCUCGGGGGAGUCGGCCGAGAGCUUAGAUAAUAUGUCGGCCUCGGAGUUCUGAGCCCUCGGUAUUUGAGUGAGAGAGUGCGCCUCAAAUACCUUAAGCAACUCCUUGGCCGCUUCCUUGUACUGCUUCAUUCUCCCCUCCUUGGCCUCAUAUUCCUCGGAGAUUUGGCCAACGACCAACUUGGAGUCGCAUUUGAUGUGGAUCUGUCGAGCCCUCAUGUUGGCAGCCAACCGAAGGCCACAUAGGAGGGCCUCAUAUUCGGCCUCAUUGUUGGAGACAUUGAAGGAGAAGCGGAUUGCAUAGUAGGCCCUGAAGCCCUCGGGAGUAAUGAGGACUACCCCUCCCCGCAUGCUUUGGUCGCGGAGGAGCCGUCGGUGUAGAGGGUCCACCAGUCGUCCGAGGUUGCCGAGGGCUCCCCGUCCGUGGCUGCCCUUGCGGUACACUCCGUCACAAAGUCCGCCAGGGCUUGGCCCUUGAUGGCGGGCCUUGGGCGGAUGUCAAUGUUGUAUUGGCUCAAGAAGAUAGCCCAUUUCACCAUGCGGGAGGAGCUGGUGGGGCUCCUCAUGAGGGCGCCGAGGGGUUGAUGGGUGAGGACCUGAACCGGGUGAGCCUGAAAGUAGUGGCCCAACUUCUUGACAGUCCAAACGAUGGCUAACACCGUUUUUUCCACAGGGGAGUACCUGAGUUCGGCCUCCCUCAGGGUCUUGCUAAGGUAGAAGAUGGCAUGCUGGAUGCCGUCUUCCUCCCGGAUAAGCACAGAGCUGAUGGCCGCCGGGCUGACCCCAAGGUAGAGGUAGAGAGUCUCCCCUACCUUGGGUUUGGAGAGCACAGGGGGUGAAGAUAGAUACCGUUUGAGCUCGUCGAAAGCCCCCUGGCAUUCUGGAGUCCAUAGAAAGCCAGCCGUCUUCCUCAUGAUCUGGAAGAAGGGUAGAGACUUCUCCGCCGAUUUAGAUAGAAAGCGGUUGAGGGCUGCCAGGCGGCCUGUCAACCGUUGAACUUCCUUCACAUUGCGUGGGGGCUCCAUGUUGAUGAUGGCCUGGAUUUUCUCGGGAUUGGCCUCAAUACCCCUUCGGCUCACCAUGUAACCCAAGAACUUGCCCCCUUGGACGCCGAAGGUGCACUUCUUCGGGUUUAGCCGAAGGUUGAAUUUUUGCAUGAUGGCGAAGAUUUCCCGGAGGUCGUCAGCAUGGCUGGAAGAUUGUUUGCUCUUGACGAUCAUGUCGUCAACAUAGGCCUCCAUGGUGCGCCCUAGGACGGCUUGAAAGACCCGGGCCACCAUCCGGGUGUAAGUGGCCCCCGAGUUCUUUAGGCCGAAGGCCAUCACUAGGUAGCAGAAGAUGCCCUCGGGAGUCAUGAAGGCAGUUUUUUCGGCGUCCUCCUCGUGCAUAAAAAUUUGGUGAUACCCUCGGAAGGCAUCGAGGAAGGACAUGAUCUCACACCCUGCAGUCUCAUCCAUUAGUUGAUCAAUAUUUGGUAGAGGGAACGGGUCCAUAGGGCACGCCUUGUUGAGAUUGGUGUAGUCCACGCACAUGCGGAAGGUAGGGGGCUUCUGUGCGAGGACUACAUUUGCUAGCCAUGAGGGGUAUUUCACCUCCUUGAUGUGCUUAAUUGAUAGGAGCAUGGCGACCUCCUUCUUCACGAAUUCCCUCCUCUCGGCGGAGAGGGGUCUUCUUCGUUGUUGUACUGCUUUUGCCGAGGGGUCCACCGAGAGGCGGUGGGUGAUGACCCUUCGGCUGAUUCCCGGCAUGUCCUCCGGCCCCCAUGCAAAGACAGUGGAGUAGGCGCGGAGGGCGUCGGUGAUACCGGUCUUCAAAUCUUCAGGGAGCUGGGCUCCAAUCUUCACGACCCUCUCCGGCUGGGCCGGAUCGAGCGCAAAGUCUUCUACGUCCUCGGCCGGUUCAGCCCUCGGCCUUCUUUCCUCUUGGUCGACGGCUCCGGUGAUGGUGUCAACACGGAAUUCCGUCUUGCUUACCUUCUUAGUGACCUGAAGAUAGCAGGCGCGGGCAAUUUUCUGGUUCCCCCGGGAGUAGCCAAUGCCCCCCUCGGCGGGAAACUUGAGGCAGAGGUGCCUCAUGGAGAUGAUGGCUUCGAGGUCCUCGAGGGCUGGCCGGCCGAGGAUGAUGUUGUGGGCGCAGUCAAUGUUGACGACGACGAACUCCACCUCGAGCUGGGCUCUAUGGAGCCCGUCGCCGAAGAUCACCGAGAGGGUUAUUACCCCCUCGGAAUCAAUAGUAUCGCCGGUGAAGCCGGCAAGAGGGGUCUUAAUGGGCCGAAGGGACCCCCUCUCCAGAUGCAGCUCUCUGAAGGUGCUGAGGUACAUUACAUUGACGGAGCUGCCCGUGUCAACGUAAGUUCGGUGAAUGAUGGUGUCGUUUAUCUCCGUCCGAAUCACCAAGGCAUCCCUGUGAGGAGAAGAAGUAGGAGGGAGAUCCGCGUUGGUAAAGGUGAUGGGUUCCUCCUCAGUCGCUUUACCGGGGGCAUAUGAGUGACUUCCCCCACGUAAAGCGAUUGAGCCCACUUCUUUCGUUGGCUGGUGGAAUCGCCCCCUGUAUUGCCACCGGUGAUCAUGAGGAUGUGGCAUUUUUUCUCCUGGUAAUGGGGGUAUUCCUCCUCCUCUUCUUCUAAGUUUCCAAUCUCCCUCUUCUUGCCGAGGGGGAUGGUAUUCGGGUUUACCCAAGCGUUCACCUUCGUGUGAUGCCCUCGGGGAGGCCCCUGAUGAGAAGGUCCCUCCUGCCGAGGGCUCUGGACAAAUUGGGACAGGUGCCCCGCCUGUAUUAAUCUCUCGAUGGCCGUCUUCAGCUGAUGGCAGUCAUCGGUCCUGUGCCCCUGGUGCCGAUGGAAGCGACAGUAGGGGAACUGAGGGUUGAUAGCGUGUACCUCCGGGGGUGCGCGAGAGUCGCGCUCAACGAGGCCCCUCUCCUCGGCAAAAUCGAGGAUGAUGCUGACGGGGUGCGUCAAUGGUGUCCGAGGGCGGUCCAGGAGAAUGGGCUGGGCCCAAGUCUUAGGGUUGCUCUUAUAACCUCCCCCGGGCUUGGCUUGGCCUUGCCGAGGGCGAUCAUCAGAGGGUCCCGAAGCCUUGGGGUGAUUUGGAGGAGCCCCCGGCCCUCGGUUAUGCUUGUUGUCAGCCCUCGGGGGCUGCUGGUCUGGAUGCUGGUGAUACUUCUCCACCUCCUCGGCCACAGCAUAUCGGUCCCCCCGCUGCAAAGCCCUUAUGUAGUCGCGGGGGGUUUCAAUGAUGAGGCUCCUUGAAAAGUUACCGGUGCGGAGGACGGUUUGUAUGAGGGCCAGGAGGGUCCCGUCAUCAGCACCGUCGACCUUGUCGGCCUCCGUCCUCCAGCGCUCCAGGAAAUCCCGAAGGGUCUCAUCCUUCUUCUGGCGUAUUGUUAGGAGGUGGGAGAAGUGCUUCCUUGUGCGACGCCUCCCGGCGAAUUGUGUCAAGAACCGCUGGGUGAGUUCUUGCCAUGAAUCAAUACAGCCCUCGGGCAGCCUGUUGAACCAUUCGUAUGUCGGUCCCUCUAAGGUGGAGAGGAACCAUCGACACAAAUAUUCGUCUGACGCCCCCACCAUCAUCAUGUUGUUCUGGUAUUUGCUGUAGUGUUCCUGGGGGUCCGUUUUCCCGUUGUAGGGCUGUAUGUGUUGCCCUCGGUAUUUUUCCGGGAUCCGGGCCGCCAAUACCCUUGGGGUAAAUGGCGUCCGAGUCCGGAGCUGGAUGACGGGUUCCCCGGAGCCCUCGGCCACCCUCUUCUGUAACUCCUCCAUUUUUGCCAUCAUGGCCUCGUAUUUGAGAUCUGAAUGAGGGGUGGAGGUGGUGGCGUGAGCUUUGUUGGACUCCAUCUCGUCAAGCCGGCGUUGGAGGGCCGCAAUAAUCUCGUCCCGGGGAUCCUUCGGGAGGGUCUCCGCCCCCUGCGAACGAACCCGGGCCGAGUGGGCCUGGUUGAUUUGGUGCCGAGCAUCAUCGGCAUGAAGGGGUGCCUUGCCUUUGUCCCGAGGGGGACGCUCCUCGUCUGCCCUCGAAACAGAUCCCCCGCUUUCCUGGGGCCUUUGGAGUGUUUUCCCCCCGAGGCGGUCUUGGACCCCUCGGCGGUCUGGCCCUCCUCCGAGCCGGUUGAGGGCGGAAGUACGAGGCCUUUCCCUGUUGUCAUUAUGGCGGUCCCGGGACUGAACUUCCUGGGAGGACGUAUCUUGGGCCACCACCCCUUCGUCAUUUCUCACCCGAGGGGUGGGAUUUCCGAAGGGGUGUGGCAGAGGGGGAAGUAUGAUAUUUUCCCCGAUCUGAGGGUGAGCUGGAGCCAGGGUGCCGAAGGCACCCGGGUUCUGGGUGAGCGUCUGGAUGAAGGCGGAGAGCGCCGAUUGCACGUCGAUGGUGAGAACCGGAGGGCUGACUUGGUCAUCGCUCCGGUUCUUCUUUUUGGCCUCGAUGCCGAGGCGGGCAUCGGGGGCAUUUUGUUGGAUCUGAAGGCGUAGGUCGACAGCCGCCUGUUCCAGCCCAGCGAUGACACCGCCCUCGGGAGCCCUGUGAGAGGCUUCGGGGGCGUUGACGUCGCCGAGGGCCAGGUUCUUGUCUUCUACGUUCUUUGAGUUGGCACGUGUUGUCCUCACCAUUUUGAUAGAGGGCUAGUGUUUUGUGUUUGGUCGAG